AAGACGGUCAGUCAUUCAAAGGGAAACACUAGAGGUUCUCCCAAGAGAAAGUUUUCUCAAUUCCUCUAAAAAUGGCUCAAGAAGCUGACAAGGACACUUAUGUGUCCAUCACACCUCUUCUUAAACGCUUGUGGCCUUCGCCCGGAGACGCCAAAGUCUCACCUGAUGAGAUUGCCCUAGCUCUUUCGCAUAUCUUCACCAAUUCUCUUUCGCCAGUUCAAGCUGGCGCUCUGCUCACGGCGUUGCAUUUCACUGGGUGGGACCGUAAAGGCGAUGUAAUUGCCAAGUCAGCAGAGGUCAUGCGCCUUGCUGCGGCUCCGGUUGACACAAAGGCUCUCCGAGCGCUGGUUCGUAGAAGAGGCCGGAAAGAGGGCACCUAUCGAGGUGGAUUUUGUGACAUUGUAGGCACUGGCGGAGACUCCCACAACACUUUCAACAUCUCCACAACUUCCUCAAUCCUUGCUUCUUCUCUCCUUCUUCUCAGCAAGCACGGCAAUCGCGCGUCAACGUCCAAGUCUGGCUCAGCAGAUGUCUUGGCCGCUAUGGCCCCUAAAGCGCCGAAUCUACAGGCCAUCAAUGCUGAGUCACUGAUCAAGGUGUAUGAUGAGUCCAACUACGCAUUCCUUUUCGCGCCAGUCUUCCACCCCGGCAUGAAGCAUAUAGCAACUGUCCGAAGGGAGUUGGGUUGGAGAACGAUUUUCAAUCUGCUAGGCCCUCUGGCAAACCCUGUAGAUGUCGCGAUCGAAGCAAGAGUUAUUGGAAUUGCUCGAAAGGACCUUGGCCCUGCUUUCGCCCAGGCGCUGAAGUUGAGUGGUGCCAAGAAGGCUAUGAUCAUCUGCGGCGAGGAGGACUUGGACGAGAUUAGCUGCGCUGGCCGCACACUCUGCUGGAGAUUGUCUGAGAGACCAAACCCCGACUUCCGCGGCCCAAAGAAUGAGGAAGACGAAGAAAUUACGACGAGCGAUGAGGAUGCGCCUCCACGAAACUUUGUUGAUGUAGAGCACUUUUAUCUCUCGCCCGAAGACUUUGGUCUCCCGGCGCAUCCCUUGUCCGAAGUAUCGCCGGGCAAGCUCCCCGAAGAGAAUGCGGAGAUUCUAACAAAGCUGCUGAAGAAUCAGCUUCCCCGCGAUGACCCUAUUCUUCACUUUGUCCUGAUGAACACUGCUGCCCUGUUCGUCGUCGCUGGUAUUUGCGACGCCGACACAAGCAAUAUGGGUCCUGGAGAUGAUGGAAAGGUCAUCACGGAGCGGGGACCUGGCGGAGGCAGAUGGAAGGAAGGUGUGCGCAGGGCGCGAUGGGCAGUCGAGAGCGGAGAGGCGUGGAAGUCGUGGAGCAGUUUUGUCGAGGUCACCAACAAGCUAUAAACCCACAUGAUAGAGUCUAGACGCAUAUGAUAUCCAUUUAUUGAAUGUAUG